CACUAAUCGGCAACAUCCAAGAAAACAGAUCAACAGCUGUGUGAACACCGCAGUUACAUGAAUCACGACCAUUUUUAGGAUCAACCAUGGCCGGCAGAUCCUUAUCUCGAGAACGGAGCCCCGUAGCAAUCCUACUUGAUCCAGCGAGGGACAUUCCACUUGGAGAACGGGAUAUUCGGGUGGAAGACUUCCUGAACGACAAAAUACAGACCACUUUCGACCUGGGAGAUCUGGAAAGCUUGAUAGCUAGCGUCGAGACACAGAAGCAGCAGUUGGAAGAGCAACUCCAACAUGCUCAAUCAGAACUCCGGCAAGCCAAGGCGGCCUCUGCUAACCGGACAUCUUUAAUGCUCGAACAAACCCAGGAGUUUGAACGUCAACAAUCCAAUGUUCAGAAGCGCCUCAUGAUAGUCACAUCGUCAGAUACGCCCGAGGAAGCCACAAGAAAACUCAAGGUCCCUAUGGAGAAGCUCCGAAAAGUGGAACUUGCAGAAGCCUAUGUCGAAAUGCUGAAAGAUGUUGAGGACUUGCGAAUGGAAGCACGGAAACAUUUACCUGCCGACCCCAAAGAAGCUCUGAAACCAUACACUCAACUGAAGGAGCUGGCCAUGUCGUUACAGGAACUACAAGAGCCAGCGGAAGGAGCUGCUGUCCAUUUGGUCAACUUCGUUGAAAGUACUACGAACAGCCUAUGGAUGGAAAUGAAAAAGAUCAUGACCGAUGAAUUUGAAUCCGUACUGCUAAAGAUGACCUGGCCCGACCAGAGUAUUGAACCAUCGAGGGAAUGGAGUGAUAGCUUUGAGAAGCUAUUAGACUUGCAAGCUCCAGAGAUUGUGGCUGCCCGAGAACCCCUCAUACUUCUUCCCAUGAAUGUCCUAGCCAAGAACUUCAUCCAACAGUUCAGAUAUCACUUCUUCAGCGACAAACCAACCAACCAUCCGCAUUAUCUCUUAAAUCAUAUUUCGGAAUGGUUCUUAGGCACCGUCGCGAAAUGGGAAGAUUAUCUAAGACUUAACGUCGGGCCAGUCCUUGCAGCUCACUUCAGAGGUAGCUAUCUGGCCGGCAACUCAUUAUAUGUGGACCCAGUUGCGGCGUUCAUCACUGCACUGCUCCCCAUAUUGAAAGAGAAAAUUGACACUCUCGUCGAGGCUGUCUCGAACGAGCCACAAUAUCUAAGUCAGUUGAUUGCUCAGCUCAUGAGAUUCGAUGAUGCUGUGAGAGUAAAAUUCAAUUAUGAUGCUGGAAAUAUCGAAUAUGGUUGGAAAGGAAUGACUUGGGAUGUACUUGAUACAUGGUUCGAGCGGUGGCUAGAAGUCGAGAAAGACUUCGCACUUGAACGAUACCACGAGAUCAUGAAGUCGCCAGACAGUGGAGUUAUUGAUUACGAUAGCUCAGCGCCCGGCAAAACCAAGGCUACCUAUGGAGCUUCAAGAGUCACAGAGCUGAUCAUGACUGUCACUAUGCAGUACAACAAAGUCCGAAGGUUUUCUCACAAGAUUCGAUUCCUUAUCAGCAUUCAAGCAGAGAUCCUCGAUCUCUAUUGGGGUCGUCUGAAGGACUCUCUGGACGUAUAUCAGACUAUCACGUCUACUGUUGGGCGUGCUGUUCAUGGUGUCACGAAAGAGCAGCAACAGGCUCUAGAGGGUGUGAAGCGUUUAGAAACCCUGUGCAAGGUUUUCGGAAGUGCAGAGCAUCUCAUUUCCAUGAUGAAAGAUUGGAGGAAUGAAGAGUUCUUCGUUGACCUGUGGGAGCACCUACAAGAUCGUGCCAAAGGUACUCGUAUAGAAGACAACCUUGCUGGUGAUAUGAGCUAUACCGAAGUCAAGGAUGCGACCUCUGAUGCUGUAGGUUCCGAAGAGGAAGGAUCUGUGUUUGACAAGACCAUCGAAACAUACCAAAAUCUUCGGAGCAAGGCGGAGGAGCUCAUCGUCAGCUCCCUUCGGAAGUCCUUCCCGAUAAAUUUCAAGCAGUAUAUCACCAAGCCUCAAUGGACAACCAUUGGUGACUUGCCACAAUCUAGCUCUUCAUUCAUUGUGGUCACUGCAGAGCUAGACCAGCCUUUACAGGCACUGAAACAAGAUAUGACUUUCCUGCGUCGAACCCUAGCUGACGCAGCAUUCCGACGACUCUGGCGAGCUCCUUUAGAUACUCUGGAGGAUAUGCUAUUUCGAGAUGUCCUUCUCUCGCAAGACUUUACGACACUCGGUGCAGCACGUUUCAUGCAAGACGUUGCUGCGAUUCAAGGAGUAAUCGACUCUUGCUACGGGCCCAAGGCUCGUCUAGGAGUGCCAAAGCUGUCAGAGGCAGCUGCUUUACUCAACUUACCACUGGAGGCCGAGGACGGUCAGAUGGACUUGAGAGAUGCACGUCAAGAAAUCUUUGGAGAUAGUCAACAAGCUGCUGAUGCUCUUGUGACUUUGGGAGUCAACCAUCUUACUGUGGGUGAGGCAAGGUUAGUGCUUGCGAAGAGAGUUGAGAUCAACAGCGAGUAGAUGACAUCAGAAACGGUGUUGGGGCAUCAACGAAUGCAUUGAGGCGCGGAAGUUAAUAUCAACAUACCACUCAUGACAAGGUUAUUUAGAGGUAGAGCAUGCACACAUACUUGCAUAUCAAACCAAAUUCACAAAGUU